AACGUAGCCUAAUUAGCUGCUCGGACGUGGAAUCUUUUACUCUCUGGCACUAUUAAAUAUGUAAUGAUUGAAGCAAGCAAGUCUACACAUACACACUCACCAAUCACCAUACCUCUUGUAUAAAUAUACUCACAGACCCAUGAAAGUUUUGUACUACUAAGUUUGAGAAUAUAACCCUAAUAUUCUGCACGUAAAGUCAGGUGAUAAUGGCAAAGAUUGCAUUAGGCAGCAGCGCGGAGGCGCUCCAGCCCGACUGUUUCAAAGCUCUCGUUGUUGAAUUUAUCUGCACCUUUCUUUUCGUCUUCGCCGGUGUGGGAUCGGCCAUGGCCACUGAUAAGCUGAGUGGAAAUGAGGUGGUGGGACUAUUUUUUGUGGCGAUGGCGCAUACACUAGUGGUGGCUGUCAUGAUCUCUGCAGGAUUUAAAAUCUCCGGCGGUCAUUUAAACCCCGCCGUCACGCUCGGCCUGUGUGUGGGUGGUCAUAUCACCGUCGUCCGCUCCAUCCUUUACUGGAUUGAUCAGUGUUUAGCUUCUGUGGCUGCUUGUGCUCUUCUUAAGUAUCUUACUGGAGGAUUGAAUACUCCGGUACACACACUGGCUGCUGGAAUGGACAGUCUACAAGGAGUUGUCAUGGAGAUUGUUUUGACGUUUUCCUUGUUAUUCACAGUCUAUGCAACUCUUGUGGAUCCUGAGAAGGGAUUUCUUUAUGGUUUAGGCCCUUUACUUACUGGAUUUGUGGUGGGGGCCAACAUCAUGGCUGGUGGGGCUUUCUCCGGGGCUUCCAUGAACCCGGCUAGAUCAUUUGGGCCUGCUCUGGUUACCGGAAUAUGGACUGAUCACUGGGUCUAUUGGGUUGGGCCACUCAUUGGUGGCGGGCUUGCUGGCCUGGUUUAUGAGAACUUUUUCAUUGUUAGGUCUUAUGUUGUUAUUUCAAGGGAUGAUGAAGAGAGCUAAACGUUAUGCUCUAUUGCUCUUUAUCUUUGUUCAAUCUAUCAAUCAAUUGCAUGACUACAAUUCUACAAA